AUUGUCAUGAUUUACUAAUUGUUGAAGAAAAUGUUAAAAUGACGAUAACCAAUGAUGUUCAUUCAAAAUCCGAUAUUUCUCAUAGCUCCUGGUGAUAGUUGGUGAUCAUUGGUGAAUAAUCUCUGGGGAAAAGUUCAAGAGAUUGGAUACAAUUUACUUCUAGGGAAGAUCAGUUCGUCAGAUCGUUUUUCUAAAUUGCUCAAUGGUCAUUGGUGGUGAAUUUUUCCUUCGUGAUUAUCUGAAUCGGGAAAAAAUGAGACGAUUGAUUUUAUUGAGAAAGGACCAACACCAAAGUCAUUCCCUCGUCUCUUAAAAUGAAGUCACUGGAGAGAUAGUUGUAAAUACUAAAUUAAUCGAUGGAAUUUGAUCUCUAACAACAUGAUCAGCAAGAUCAUCGACCAAAUUGAUUAGCCAAUGUUGCCAGACGAAAAUUUUAAGGACAAAACCUCGAUUCUCUUGAUUGUUGACUCAUAAUCGCCAUAAAUCAGAGAUGAAUAACUUUUUUAAUCUUAUUACGAUUAGAUCGUGAUAAUGACUUUUCACCAUCGGUAAUUAGAGUUGCAAUAACUUUUAAAUGAUUGUAUUUCAAUUUCUUCUUCUGGUGAAUCAACAAUUUUGAAAACAGUUCCAACUCCAUUUUUCAUAUCAAGCUCUGGAAUCAUUGAUGAUGGAUAAUCAACCCUGAGAGUUUGUAACAUUUAAAAAACGUCAAGAAGAUUUUCAUCAUGGGUAACAAUGGACACAUAAUUGUGGAUUACUUGAAGUUCAUCAUGAUUUCCUUUGCUGAUUAACUGUUUCACAACUAAAGACAAUCUAAUUUAUCAUAAUGAUUACCAUUCACCACUAACUGAUUCCAAAUAGCCAACAAUCUGAACAAUUUCUCAAUGAAAACCUGAUCAAAUAAAUCCAGAGAGAACCAUAUUGACCAUCAUCAUCACAAUCAACUGCCCACUAAAUUGUUACAAGAUGAACAAAAAAAUUCUCAUUUGUAAACGAUAAUAUGAUCAAUAUUCUCAUUGACUUUUAUUGUAAUUGCGAAAAUAGAUUAACCCUUUCAAAUUAUUCAAUCCAAUAGAUGGAGAUACUUAUGGAAGAUUAUAAAUUGACAGAGAUUUUUAUUUUUCUCUAUGUAAACAUCACAAUCAUGGAGCAAACUCAAGAGUUUCAAGUGGGUUGGUUACUGUUUUUGGGUUGAAAGAAAACAAAUUGUUUAUAUUCAAUGUUUAAUUACGAAGAUUAAGUCUUCAUUAUCUAACAUAUAACAUCACCAUCAUCUUUAUUCAAUAACAAUUAUCAACAAUUAACUAUGUUCCCAGUGAAGAAACAACAUUUCCACUAAAAAAGAUUCAACCAUAAAUGUAACUACUCAAAAGGUAACAUUGUUUAUUGGAAACAAUCAAUUCGCAGCCAAGAUUAGUGUUUGUUACUAAUUCAUAUUCUUAUCAAUCAUGAUUAGUAUCUUGAUUUAAUUUCUUCUCUCUUAUAUAGUAAUUUAGUGAUCAUUUCUCUCAUUUCAUCUUUAUUUCCAAGACAAUUAACUUUUCCUCCACAAUCAAACAUUUGCUCUCAAUUUUUUUCCUCUCUCCAUAAAAGAGGUUGUUAUAUUUUCUUCAUCUGUGAUUACUUAUAUUUCUGUUCUCGAUUAAUUGAUUUUAAUUAACAUCAUUCUCAGCAAUGGAUUCUAGUAUGGUUGAUUUAAAAGAGAAUAGAGAAUUAGAUGUUAAUUGUCAAAUCGAUGGACUUUUAGACGAUCCAUCAACUACUGACCAACCUUUGGCUAUUAAUCCUGGAAUUGAUUUCCAAAGAGUAACAGUUACAGGGGAAGAUGAUACUUACCAUCCAACAACAGGUAAUGUUGAAGGAUUGGAGAAAAUUUUUGAAAGAGCUUUGAGAUUACGACAGAAAUACAUGAAAUUGGCUCAUCAAUCAUUUCCCAGUUUAACUCGGCGCUUCAUCAACCCCGAUGGACCAGAAACAAAUGAAAUUGAAGAAUGGGUUCAUUACGAUGUUGAACCUCAAACAAUUAAGGAACCAUGGAAUAUACCGAUUGCUCCUCCAGCUAAUUAUUUUCUUAAAAUGGAUAAAGGUAUUUGUCAGGUUUAUCGAAGUCGCGAUGAGAUGGACAAAGGUCAACCCAUUCGGUAUCCGUUUCCGUCUCUCCAUCAAUUCAUUGAUGAUAUGAGAAUAAUUUGUGAUAUGAUCACCGAUGGACCAUUGAAAUCAUAUUGUUUCCAUCGAUUAUCUUACCUUUCAUCUAAAUUCCAGUUACACGUUAUUCUCAAUGAUAAACGUGAACUAUCCGCUCAAAAGGCUGUUCCUCAUCGGGAUUUUUAUAACAUUCGUAAGGUUGACACUCAUGUUCACGCGGCCUCAUGUAUGAAUCAGAAACAUUUACUCAGGUUCAUCAAGAAAACCAUGAAAACAUCACCACAUGAUCUUGUUUGCUUGGAUUCACAAGGAAAACCAAUGACACUUGAGAAAGUCUUUGAAUCUCUCAACCUGACAUCUUAUGAUCUUUCAGUUGAUAUGCUGGAUGUUCACGCGGAUCGAAAUACUUUUCAUCGAUUUGAUAAGUUCAAUGCUAAGUAUAAUCCAAUCGGUGAAAGUAGAUUGAGAGAAAUAUUUUUAAAGACUGACAAUUACAUUGGUGGUAAAUAUUUUGCACAAAUUUUAAAGGAAGUUGCCAAUGAUUUAGAGGAUAGUAAAUAUCAAAAUGCUGAACUACGAUUAUCAAUUUAUGGUCGUAAGAUUGAAGAGUGGGACACUUUGGCCAAAUGGGCGAUCACACAUAAUGUUUACUCGGAUAACAUUAGAUGGUUAAUUCAAGUUCCUCGACUUUAUGAUAUCUAUAAAUCUAAUAACUUGGUUCCAAAUUUCGAGCAAAUUUUAAGGAAUAUUUUCCUUCCCUUAUUCGAGGCUACAAACAAUCCCGAAGCUCAUCCCGAACUGUUCAAAUUUCUUACCUAUGUAACUGGAUUUGAUUCGGUUGACGAUGAAAGUAAACCCGAAAACGCAAUAGUCCACAAGGGAAUGCCGCUUCCUAACGAAUGGGAUUCCCUUGAUAAUCCUCCGUACAAUUAUUACUUAUACUACAUGUACGCCAACAUUUGUGUCCUAAAUGCCCUUCGAAAAGAGAGAAACCUGAAUACUUUCGUAUUAAGGCCACACUGUGGAGAAGCAGGUCACAUUCAACAUCUCGUCGGCGGUUAUUUGUUGAGUGAAAACAUAUCUCAUGGACUUUUACUCCGUAAAGCUCCAGUUCUUCAAUACCUUUACUAUUUGGCCCAAAUAGGAAUCGCAAUGUCACCAUUAUCAAAUAAUUCCCUUUUCCUUAAAUAUCAUCGUAAUCCUUUCCCCGAUUACCUUUUCCGUGGUCUUAUGGUAUCACUAUCAACUGAUGAUCCACUUCAAUUUCACUUUACAAAGGAACCCUUAAUGGAGGAAUACAGUAAUGCAACUCAUAUUUGGCAAUUAAGUAGUUGUGAUAUGUGUGAAUUAGCCCGAAAUAGUGUUCUAAUGAGUGGAUUUCCCCUGAGGGAGCAUCCCUCAACGCAGGUUAAGUCCCAUUGGAUUGGCCCCGACUACUCAAAAGAAGGUGUCGCUUGUAAUGAUAUAACGCGAACCAAUUUGCCCGAUGUUCGAGUUUGCUAUCGAUAUGAGACUCUGGUCGAUGAAUUGUCUAAUAUUUUCCGAAGUCGAGCAACACCAAGAAGAGAUCGAUCAGCGUCGACUGUCUGAAAAUGACCACAAUUAAGCUAAUUGUCAAUCUCUUUUCAUUUUUCUCUCUCUCUCUCUGACUUUCUCUUUCUCUAUCUGCUGUUUGUGUGUGUAAACUAUUAUUGUCACUAAAAUUAAACUUUUAAGACAAAAAGUACAAAUUGAUUGAUUAAUGUUAUGAUUUUAAACUUGCAAACUGAUUAAAAUGCUUUUAAUUGUUUA